AUAUACAAGUCUUCAGUGAGAAAGCAAAAGUGAAUAAUUUCAGGUUAGUUUAUGAAUAUUUCUUUAUAAAUUAUUAUAACUAUAUGAAUUAAAAUAAUUUCUAAUUGAUAAACUUCUGAAAUUUUAAAACUUUCUUUAAAAUAAUAUAUGUCAUCAAAUAUUGUGAAAUAAAAAAUAAGAAAAUACCGAUUAGUUAUUAUGUUUUAUAUGAGAUUGAUAGUAAAGUUAACUGAUGAUUUGCUAUUAACUAUGCAGUUAUCAACUUACAACUAUUAGUUGAAACAACUGAUAAUUUCUUGAAUUCAAAUAAUUGAAAUUAUAUUGUACAAUUGUGUAUACAAGAGAGUUCUUCAAUAAGUAUUAGUUUUAUUGCACAAAUUGAAAAAUAUAGUGUUUUAAUAUAUUUUAUAGAAAUGAAUAUAUAACAUGUUAUUUAAUCAAGAUAUCUUCAUAAUCAAACUGAAAUAAAUAUACUGUUACUAUUAUUAAAGUAUAUUUGAUAUUGAAAGAUAAAAGAAAAAAAGAAAAAGAGAAAUUUUUCAUCUUGGAUGCUAAAAAAGGACUUAUUUAUCAAUAAGACCCCUUACUUUAAACAUUAAAAUAAUAGGGAUAAAAUAAUAGGGUUAGAUUAAAAAACAUUAAUAAGAAAUAAUUGGAUAUUUAUAAGAAUUAUAUUUUAUUCCUUUGGUAACAAGAAUAAAAAGACCAACAUAAUAUAAAUUAUGAUGUAAGUCAAAUUUUAUAUAGUUAAUGUAAAAAAAAAAUGUUUUCAAGACUUCGUGGAUUUGUGAAUCGUCAUAGACGAAAGUUUAUAGUGGGAGGUAUUGUUGUUGGUAGUAUUAUUUUUAUCAGAUAUACAGCACGUAGGCUUCGAGAAUGGCAAGAGAAAGAAAUAAAAGAUAUGCUGGACAGAUCAAAACGUCGGCAAUAUUUUGAAUGUAAUGAAAGAACAUGCAGUCAGAUGAUAGUAUCUCUCACAUCAACUUUAAGAGAUUCUAUAGUAAAAGUUUUGGAUACUAAUACUAUUGUAAAUAAGCUCAGAAAUGGUUGUCCUGAUAAAAUAGCAUGUUGGAAUGAAUUAAAAAUUUUAGCAAUUGCUAGGUCUGCUGUAGUAGUUUAUUCAUAUGCUAUGUUGGCAACUUUAAUAAGAAUUCAAUUUAAUGUAAUGGGUGGUCAUGUAUACAAGGACAUUCAAAAUUCUAAUGGUACAACUACAGAAAAUAUUAUACAAACAAAAUAUAUGUCACUUUCACGUCAUUUUAUAUAUGAUGAAAUAAAAAAAUUGAGUUUACUUAUAAGAGAUAAAGUGGCAGAAAUAACAGCAUCAAUAUCUUUGAAAGAUGAAUUAACUUUAAGAGAUAUAGAAGAAAUAUAUUGGGCUUUAACAUCUUCUAUUUCUGCAGAUAGUUCAAAGAAUCCUAUAAAAAAUCUUGCUGAAUAUAUGCUAUUAUCAAAUUGUGAGGAAGAACAAUCACCUAUAUUAUUAAAAUUAUUCAAUGAAACAUUGGAUCUUUUGGAAACUGAAGAAGUACAAAAUUUAACACAAAGUAAUAUUAGAAAUGGAUUUAGUUUAUUAGUGGAUCACAUAUCUGCAUUCUUUGUUGGUUCUCCUAUAAUAGAAAACAGUAAAACUGCUCAAAAUGGUAUUUCAGUGCCAGGAACAUCAAAUCAAAAUAGCAUAAGCAUGAAAUAUGAUUCAAAUAUAUUUACAAAUAUUAAUAAAGUAUCAAUGCCAAUGGCUAAAUUAAUACCAAUUAUAAAUGGACAAGUACCAGAUAAAUCAACAUCAAGAGAUUUUCAAAAUGAUUUAUUACAACGUCUUAUAACAAAUAAUGAACUUAAAGCACUUGGAGCAAAUAUAUAUGAAGCAUUUAGUAUUUAAAUUUAAGAAUUUAAAUAUUCAUAAUAUCAGAUAUUAUAUGUAAAAGUGAUUAAAAUAAUUGUUUAACAAAUUAUACUUGAUAAAUAUAAUUAUAAAUAUUUUUGUUUAAAUAUAUUUUUAUUUUAAAUAAAAAUAUAUAAAUCUUUUAUAUAAUAUGAAAAGAAUUCUUAUAUAUGUAUAUUACUCAAAUUGCGAGGAAAGGUACUGAUAUUUUACUCUUUUAUUAUAUGUAAAAUGUUUUAUGGAUAAGGUAUUAUAACGGGUUUUAUUAUAUAUGAUUAUGUAUACAAUACAUAAACAAAAUUGUAAAAUUUAAUUAUUUUUUAAUUAUUUUAUUAUAAUAAUGUAUUUCUAUAUAAUUGAAAAUUAUAUAGAAUUUUCAUUAUAUAAUAUAAAAACAGAAUUGUAAAAAUUCCUUAAUUAUUUCGUUAUGAUAUUAUAUACAAAAAAUUAUAAUAUAUUUUUAUUUUUCAAAUAAAUUUUUUUUAUUUUAUUUUCUUUUUUUAUAGCAAUUUUCUUAAAAAUAACGAAUGUUUAUAAAUAAUUUAAUAUUGAAAUAAAUGUAAUUUUUGACUUCUAUAAAUUACUAUUUUAUUUAUACUUAAUAAAGAUGAAAAACAAUUUAUUUAAAAAUACAUUAAAAAUUUAUAUUUAAAUAAUAUAUAAUGUAUAAAAUUAUAAAAUAAAAUUAACUUAAUGCAUUUGUAAUAUGAUUGCGCGCGCAAUAUAUAAAAAAAAGUUCUAGAAUUUGAUUGUCAGCAUCAACUUUUUCAGUGUGCCGCUCUUCUUGCGGGCGCAUGUAGAUAUUAGAAGUCGAUAGUAGUAAAAAUUUAUCUUAAUUUUAAUAUUUUUUUUAUAUUAUAAUCGGUUGGCAAAAUGUGGAAGUUUGUAACUCGUGGUAUUCGUGAAACUUUAGAACGUCGUGUAUGUCGUACAAAUGUUUAUUAUCAAACAUCUCAAGAUCCAAAUUCAAAAAAUGAGGUUAAAACAAGUUUGAUAUAUAAUCAUAAAUUUCUACCAUCAACUUUUUCCAUCUUUAAUAAAGAAUUUUGUGGCUCAACAAAAACUAGUGGUACAAAGGACAAAGAUCAUGAUUCCAAAUGGAAUACGAAAUAUACUUGGUCAGAAGCCAUAGGAUGGACAAGCGUAUUAGCUGUCGGAUGGGUAGUGUGUCAAACCUUAUGUCUUCAUAGAAGACUAUUUGAAAAAGAAAAAACUGAUUCUUUAAAAAAUAAAUUAUUACAAGUGCCAGAAACAUAUAAUUCUUACUUAUUUGAUCAAGUAUUAAAUUUAAAACCACAUGUUUUACCUCUUAUUAAUUGUAUUGGCAAUAGUAAAAUAUAUGCUCAAGAAAAUAAUGAAGAAGAAUGGAAAGCUGACAAGCCAUUCGGACCAAUUACUAAUGAAGAGGCUCUAAAAGAAGCCACUGAAGAAUUUGCUAAUACUCAUAAUUUUACUGUGGCUGAAUUUGAACUUCAUUAUGGUUUAAAAGCUGUAGAAGAGAGACGUUACAAGGAUGCUAUAAGACAUUUUACUGCUGGUGCAAAUUUAUCAUCUGCUGCUAGUAUGUUCAAUUUAGGACUUUGUUAUGAAUUAGGGCUUGGAACUUUGGUUGAUUAUGCACAAGCUGCAAAGUAUUAUAAUGAUGCAGCAGAACGAGGUCAUGCAGAUGCUACAUAUAACUUAGGAGUUUUUUAUGCUCAAGGUAGGGGUGGUUUUACAGUAGAUAUUGAUAGAGCUCGUAGUUAUUUUGUCAAAGCAGCAAAGUUAGGACAAAGCCAAGCGCAAUAUGCAUUAGAUUUAGAAAAACGUUAUUACCAAGCUAAGAAAAAAGAAACUGAUACAAUUCUUCCAGAUGAACAUAAAAAUAUGUUGCAAAGUAUGCGAAAUAAUAAAAAUAUGAAUUAUAUUCUUAAAAAACUAAUUAAUUAUAAUAGUACUUUAAAUAUCCAGUCACAAGAAAAUUUUUUAGAAAAUUCUGAUCAUAAACAAUCUGUAAUAGAAUAUAUAAAUCCUGUAAAGUUAAUUUCAAAUAUGUUUGAUUUAAACAAGCCAAAAAUGUUUAAUGUUUCUAUAGAAUCAAAUAAUUGUAAUGUAUCUUAUUAGGCUGUAGCAGAAUUAUUGAAUGUAAAAAUAUAAUAUUGUUUGUAUAUAGAUUAUAUAGAAUUUUUCAUAAUGUUUAUAUUAAUUAUAUCAUUAUGAAUUAUCAAAAUUAAAAAUUAAAAUAAAAAUUAAAAUUACUUAAUUAUAUAGCAGGAUCUAUUUAAGCAGUAUUUUUACAAAUUUAUUAUUUUAAUAUUUAUUUAAUAUAACAUUUUCUUAAGAGUUAUUUUAAGAUGUUCAUAAAAUAAAUUUUAUCAUCUUUGUAUUAUAUAAAAUAUAUAUAAAAAUAUCAUUUUUUUUCAUGUUAUGUAAAUUCAUAAUACAUUUUUAAAAAAAUAAUAUUAAAAAUAAUUUAAUUUGGUAAAAUAUUUAAUUAUAUAUUAUUAUAAAGAUAUAGAGUUUUUAAAGAAUGAUUUGAAUUUACAUAAUUUUAAGAAAUAAAAAUUAUUAUCUGUGAUGAACAUAUAAAUACAUUUAAAAUAUAUUAAUUAAGCUUAUUUUUUGUAGUAUAUAUAUAUAUAAAAUUUUUGAUUAAUUUUCUGAAUGUUCAAUAAAAGAAUGAAAUUUUA